AUUUAGGCAUAGAUUUCAAAAUCAAAACCAUUGAACUAGAAGGGAAGAAAAUCAAGCUUCAAAUAUGGUAAUGUUUUUGAAAUAACAGGGUGUUAGCUACAGUAAAAAAUUCUGCGUUAAAUGCUGUUUUCCCAAUUACCUUGAGGUCACAAUUUCUCAAUUUGGGUCAGCCAAAAAAUAGUUGUAGAAAUUCAAUGUUGUUAAUACACCAUUAAAAACAUGUUUAUAACUACAUUUGCUUAAAAUUACUCCCAAAAUGCAGGAAAUGUCAUUUCAAACAAGGGGCAACUGCAUGCCCCCAGACCCACAAAGAUAUGCCCGACUUCAGGCUAAAAUAAAUUUCUCAAUUUCAGGUAAACACGGAUUUUUUUUACUUCUGGCUAACACUCUGAAUAACUAAAUCAUAGUCUUAUGAUAAGAUCUUUGAUAUAAAUGUUUUCUGACAUAAAACUGAUGAUUAUUUUCCAGGGACACAGCCGGACAAGAGCGUUUCCAUACCAUAACAACGUCAUAUUACAGAGGAGCAAUGGUAAACAUUUGAAAUCAAUCAGCUUGAAGCUGAUAAAUGUAUUUAAUAUAAUAAUAAUAAUUAACAUAAUAAAUUACAGCUAAUUAUGGUGAUUUCUAGCCAAGGCUAAAUGACAUGCGUUAAAGAUUUGUCAUACUUUCCAGAGUGCAAUAAUGUGCAAUAAUAAUUGGAGUACCAGUGAAGUGUGGCUGAAAAUCUUGAAUUAUCGCACCCUACGUUUUUUCCUCAUACAGCAGGGGGUGUGACCUGGGACAAAUUUUGUAAUUCUUCCAAAACUGAGGAGAAACUGGGGGGGGGGGUGUAACCUCCCUAUGCUUUCAUCUAUGACAUAAGAUAUGCUAAAUCUGUGGCCUUUCAGAUUAUCAUAAAACGUCUCUAAAAUGCACGAAGUAGUGUUUGCAGUCCCUAAAAAUAGAAACAUUUUCAUGCCCAGAUGAAAAUGGGCCGAUGGCCAGACCCCCUAAUUGUUCUGUGUAUUUGACAGGGUGUCCACAGACCUUGAAAAUCCUGGAAAGUCCUUGAAUUGGAAAAACAAAUUCCAGGACUGGAAUUCUGGAAAGUCCUUGAAAAUCAGGAGAAGUUCUUGAAAGUCCUGGAAUUAAUUUCCUUAACCUCCAGCUGUGCCAACAUUAGUGAUUUUGAUUAAAAUUACUGGAUAAAGUGAAUCAUUUGCUGGGCAAAUCGCCAAAUACGUGCCAUUUUCAAAGAUUUUUCCCAGUUCUAGGUCCUUGAAUUUACUGAAAAAGGACCUUGAAAGUCCUGGAAAAGUCCUCAAAUUUCACCUUCACCAAAAGGCAGACACCUUGAUUUGACAAUUAAACCACCACCCCACUCGUUUGGGGCUGGUUUAGCCCCUGUCGUACAGUGAUUGAUCCCAAGAAAUACAUUAUGUUCCAUUGUUCCAUUGUGAGUUGAUUCUCAAUGUAAUUCAUUUUGUUUUGUGUAUAGGGCAUCAUGUUGGUAUAUGACAUAACACAAGACAAGUCAUUUGAAAAUAUUUCAAAAUGGUUACGGAACAUUGAAGAACAUGCCAACGAAGAUGUGGAAAAAAUGAUCUUAGGAAAUAAAUGUGAUAUGGAGGAUAAGAGAGUCGUUUCAAAGGAUCGAGGAACCAGUGUAAGUGUGCUUGGGGGGAAAUAGUUUCGGCUGUUCAGGCGGUACAGUGGUUGUGCAUGUGUCCUCAGGGAUGGGACUGGGGAUGCAUGGGGAUUUACUGGGGGUGCAUGGGGAUGCACACUCCUCCUAACUUUGGCAAAAGGCAAAAAAAUUAUGUGGGUUUCCGGUUUCUCGACCCUACCUAGCUUUUGGACGCCGAAAUCCCGACCCUAAACUUUUUUGUUGGAUCAUGCUUGUAAGUGUUUCCACUUAGAGGAAAACGUUUGUGAAAAAUGGAAAUUUGUGGCAAUAUUAGGGAAAUUUAUCUUUGAAUGCGGAAGCACUGACUAAACAAAAUGGCGUCCGGUUGUUAGGAAAAUAAAAAAACAAGUUUAAAAAAAAAAGUUAAAACUGACCUACCCUACCUAAGUUUUUACAAGAAGAAAUAGGAAACCCACAUGUUUUUUUUUUGGCCUAACAUGACUGUGAAAUUGUCAAGCAAGACUACAGAUUAGCACCUUGCUGCCUUAGUUCCCUCUCGUGAUUAUUUACACACUUAGCAGUCCUCGCAAUUUUUCGCGGGAAAAGGCAAUUGCCGCUGAUAAUGCCGUCGUUUUUUUUUGCCGCAGACAAGUUUUUGUGGUCACAUUGCCUUCUCAAUUCGAAUAAUUCUUCUAAGUAUGAACAGAUGAUUAUAAUGAUGAUUAUUUGAUGAUCGCUGGUCCCAAUGUAUGUGAAAGUGAAACAAUGUUUUCUCGAAUAUCAAACACAUUUUGUCAGUAGAGUCAAGAGAAUUCUGUAAAAAUAAUUCAGUUCUAAUCUCUAUCAAAGACACUAGCAACAACUAAAUACAUAUAAUACAUUAUUAUGCUGAUGCAUCUUCAAAUUGUCAUUUAAAGACAAAAAUAUUGCCGCCAAACCUGGAAGUAUCGACGGCAAUUUUUUGCCUACAAGGAUCGAUCAAAAUUGUGAGGACUGCUUAGUCAAUGGUUGCACCCCAAAAUAUGACCAAAUCUUGAUGAACACCCCACCCCGCCACCCCAUCACCACCACUCUCCUUCUCCCCACUGUUACCCUUUCCCUCAUCACUACCAAUUCCCCCCUCCCCCACCCCACCCUGACAUAGUAAUAUAAUAAGGAACAUAUUUGCAUGUAGUAUGAGAAAUUUCUGGUUAACAGGUUAAAUAGGUUUGUUUCAUAGAAAUAUUUGCUGUGCUGAGUGGUUAUAUUACUACCUUAAAAAAUAAGCAGAAACUCGACGUUUCGAGCGAAGGCCCUUCGUCUAACUCUUGACGAAGGGCCUUCGCUCGAAACGUCGAGUUUCUGCUUAUUUUUUAAGGUAGUAAUAUAACCACUCAGCACAGCAUUUCUACAUUGGUACUGCCGACACUGGUACAGACAGUUUUAGUUUGUUUCAUAACCUUUUUAGAUCGCUCGGGAACAUAGUAUUCGCUUCUUAGAAACCAGUGCGAAGGACAACGUGAAUAUCGAAGAUGCUUUUUACAUGCUUGCACAGGACAUUCUUAAAAAACAACUUCAAAAUAAAUCCUCGAACGCGGAUACUCAAAACACCGUACCAAUCAAGACUCAAAACAAAGAUUCCGGCGGCUGUUGUUGAAAUUUUGGCAAAAUGAAGAAGCGGCGAAGACAUUUUGUAUUUUCAACCUCUGAAAUUCUCCCACUCUCCUACAGGGGACCUCUAGUUGUAUAAAAAAGUAGAGGUGUUUGCCUUUCAAAAGAUUUUUAAUAUAAAAUUAGGUUGUGAAGACAUAAUAAUUCUGAUCGUUGAAGGACAGCAAUGUAAUUAUAAAAAAAUACUAACUUAAACUUUGCUUUAGAGGGUAGUAGAUGUAGAAAAAUCCUUGCCAAAUUUUAGGAUACCAACUCUCUUUUUAGCCUGUGAACUACCGCCGAACUACCAGUUGCAACAAGUUUUUUGUCAAUCCCAUAUCAGGAUGUGUUCGCACUGCUUGUUCCCAGCUGUUGCGACUAGCUGGAAGACCAAUACUGUUCGUAACAAGUUACUAUACAAAGUUGUUGUCGUCAACUUGUUGCGUGCAGACGAUAUCAGACAUGUUGGAACACCUUGUUGCGAGUCUGUUGGCCUCAUCAACCUUGGCGUUGCAAGAUGAUAACAAAUUGUUCCAGGCUUGUCAACAACUGGGAACAAGCAGUGCGAACACAUCGCAUCUUGUCAACAAGAUGUGUUUGCAACGGGCUUGUAGCAAGCUUGUCGACAAGUUGUAACAAUGUUCUCGUUUUAUCAAGUUGCUACAAGGUUGGUUUUCGAUAGUUUUGCCCCGUUUUUUUCGCCUAUUGAUUGGCUUUGUAAUAAUGUAUAGUCUCCAAUUAUGCUGAGACACUCCUUAAAUAAAGUAAUGGUAUAAUUUAGUGAACAAGUAUUAGUAAAUAUGUAUUUUUCUACACUAUGUAUAUGGUAUUUUAGUGUCUGAUUUAAUGAACAUAGUCUUCUUUUACAAUCAAAAUGUUGUGAAAUCUGUUAUGUAUUAAUAUCAUCGUCUUAUAUCGCCCUCA